CCGCCUCUCGCCCCCGCCGCCCGGUGGUAGAGGCUGAGGGCUCCGCGGCAUCCGGCUCCGCCCCCUCUCCCCGCGGCCGUUGGUACGAUCCGGGGCGCCGGGCAGCGGGCGCAGGAGUCGGCGCAGCCCAGGGCGUCCCCCCCGCAGCCGCCUCAGUGGUAGAGGCCGCGAUCGCUCUCGAUCCUCGGCGCCGCCGUUGCCUCAGUUGGAUCUCGCUGCUGCUGCUGCUGUCUCUGGGCGCCCCGUGUUUCCUCUAAUAGUGUAUGAGUGAUCUAUAACCCUGAGCCCGCCAUGUCCACUCCGGCCCGUAGGCGCCUCAUGCGGGACUUCAAGAGGCUGCAGGAGGAUCCCCCGGCCGGGGUGAGCGGGGCCCCCUCCGAGAACAACAUCAUGGUGUGGAACGCCGUCAUCUUCGGGCCCGAGGGGACCCCUUUCGAGGACGGAACUUUCAAACUUACAAUAGAAUUCACGGAAGAAUAUCCAAAUAAGCCACCUACUGUUAGAUUUGUCUCUAAAAUGUUUCAUCCAAAUGUCUAUGCAGAUGGCAGUAUAUGUCUGGAUAUUCUUCAGAAUCGCUGGAGUCCCACCUACGAUGUCUCCUCCAUCCUAACAUCCAUACAGUCUCUAUUGGAUGAGCCAAACCCCAACAGCCCAGCAAACAGCCAGGCAGCUCAGCUAUACCAAGAGAAUAAGCGGGAAUAUGAGAAACGGGUUUCUGCAAUAGUAGAACAGAGCUGGCGUGACUGUUGACCCAGGAUGAUGCAAAUGAACACUCUGUUGAUGAGGAAAAUAAACAAAAGUGUCUGAGUCAUCUUUUUCCUCCUAGCAUUUACUUUGAAAGCAGAAUAGCUGUUGUGCUGUUGCCACCCUCCCUUGCUGAAGCUUCUUCUCCUUGGACAUCAGAAAGCACCCACUUUGAAGUCAGAUGUUCUGUACUUGGGUUACUUGCAAAAGAGUUACUGAUGCUGAGUUCAUUUUCUGUGGUCCCUCUCCAGUCUUAGGGCAGUAUUGUGCAUUUCUGUAGUGUACACUAAGCUUUUAAUUGUAAUUGUGUUAUACACAGUGAUGCUUAUGUGUAGCUUGAUAAAAGGGAUGUUUAUAUACAUACACAUUUUUUAACUGAUAUUAACUAAGUGCUGAUCUGUCCAGGCUGGUCAUUUUGGUUUAGCCCCACUGCGUUUGUAAGUACUGAGUGAAGAAAUAACCUCCUUUCCCUUUUGUAUUGGUUUAUCAUGGAAAAAACCCAAAACAACUCUUAAAUUGAUUCCAAUUAAAACAUAGAGAAGACCAUGGAACACUAAGUUACCUCUGCACUUCACUUGCAGGAUUUAUGUACAGAUAUACAUAAAUCAUUCUAGUUGUGGUACUUAGACCUUUGCUUAGGGUGAGAGACAACCCCCUCUUUUGUUUUUUUCUUUUAUUUUAAAGGACAUGCCUCCAGAGACUCUAUCACUGAGUUCCUGUAGUCCUGUCACUGAGGCAAAACCAGGUAGAGCAUCAGACCUUCCACAUUAAGGAAGAGGUAAAACCUGAAGUGUUCCCAUGGUGGAAUUAAACUCUUUCAGUGUCUUUCUCCCACCCCUUUAGCCAAGAAAGAGAAGUUCUUGGGAUCCAACUUUGCCUCGUGGCAAAAAUGAAUAAAGUAGGGGUCAGGCACUCGAGUCUCUGCAGUUUCUGCUCUUUGUAGAUUACUGUGUGGUUUGUGUGAGCUACUGCUGCAUGCUUGAGUUUCCCUUCAGUUUUAUGAGAGUAUUUUUUUCAACUCUGGAAAAAAAACAUUUGUAAGUCCAGACUGACUUUUUUCUAAGGCAAAGUUUGUAUGUUUGGAUACAGUACCUUCAGCAGCAGUGUGGGAUGAAACCUACAAUCGUGUUGUCCACUGUUCCGGUGUCUUCUGUGUGCACAUUGGUCUGUUAGUUGAGAAGUUUAACUUUGCACAAGUAACCCAUGUAAGAAACUGUACAUUUUUCAAAAGUUGUAAAUAAAGUGUAACCUUAGUGCUUAUUGUAUAAAUAGGCAA